AUGACCACAGAGAGAUUGACCCAGACCAGGCUGGAGCAAUAUGAGCUGAUCCUGGCCAAUUUGCACAUCACUCCAGAUGCGGCCACUAGCCAAAGGAAGGAAAGCCUGGCCCUCACCAGACCCCAUAACCACUUGUUCAACCGCAGAGAGUCAACCAGGCGUACCUCUAGCGCGAUACACGAACAGACCAGCAGUCAGUUGACCAGACGCACCUCCAAUGCGACACACCAACAGACCAGCAGCCAGUCAGAGAGGAAGAGCUCAAGGUCAAUGCCAAGCACAGCAUCCCAUCAAAGUGCUGCCCUCUCGGUGUUCAGGGUCAUCCAAGCUGCCAGGAACUGGAAACGACUCUCCCGUCGACACCAAACCACACAGGAGAAGCCAAAACCACGUUUGGAAAACACAUACAGACUUGGCCCUGAUCCGGAGAAGUUAUUCAAUCGGGCGAAAGUUGAAGUGGUCAUCGAAGAUGUUUUUAAUCGCCUGCUGAAGAAUUUCAAAAACAGUUCUGGCGAUUCCAAGGACAGGUGUUUGCUGAUUUCAGCCGAAAUCUUGAGAUUAGUGAAACAUCUGGACUUCCAGAGGUACAAGAUUGUCUGUAAUGUGAUCAUCAUGCAAAACAAAGGUCAGGGGUCAGAGGUCGCCAGUCGCUGUGUUUGGAACUCAGAGAUGGACUCCUCUGCCUCCGUGACCCGUGCUAUAGGAGACAUUGUGUGCGUGGCCAAUGUCCAUGCUAUGUAUUUUGAAUAA